GCGCGCGCCGCCCGGACGGCGGGGCGAGGGGAGUCUCCGGGCUGCGAGCGGAGCUCCGGCUUGGUCUGUGCGCGAGUCCGCGGGCUCCACGCCGUGUGGCUUUGGGGACAAGUUCCCCAGCCGCCGCACAGGGGGCUGUCAGCUCCUGCCUCGGGGUGCGGUGAGGAUCCCACAAAUGCAACGCGUGGCAGCAGCCGUCCGGCACACAGCGGUUCCCGCGGGGCCUCUGCCGGUCGGAGGUGAGGGCGGGAAAUGAGGCUGCCUCGUCCGGGGGGGCUUUUCCGAGCCCGUGGGCUCCACCAGCGCCCUCUGCCUGCCUGGGUUUGUUUGAGGCUGUUUGGAUCCUUUCUCGUCGUUCAUUUCUGGAUUUGUUCUUUCAAUUUAUGUGCACGAAUCGCUACUGUGGAGCGUAUACCGAGGCCCUGGGAAGAAGUGAAGUCCCUUCCCCAUGGGGGCUGUUGGAGCAGUUUUGAAUCAAAUAGCUGCAUCUGUAAAUAUCUAAUCAUACAUCGCAGUGCGUGCUCUGGAGAAAGUGCAGGGUGUGGGGGGUGGAGAACCUGCGCAGGAUUUUGUAGGUGGGUGGGAAAGAUGCUGAUGUUGAUUCUCAGCGGAGAGAUGGGUGUGCAGUGAAAGGCAGUACGGCGGCGAAGAAAUCCCUAAGGAGGUCACUGUGCUUGGAGCCCAGGCACAAGAGAUGAGCUAGACGCGAGCUGGAGAUGUGUUUGGAGACGUGCCCACGCUGGUUUAUCAGGGAUGCAGCCCCCUCUGGGAGGCAUGGGUACUCCCUAACUGCCUUCAGGACAGAAGGUCCCGGGGAAGCCAGUGUUUUGCACAAGGGUUCACUGAGCCCUUCUUUGAUUCCCGCCACUGCCCUCACCUGUUCUGUUGUGGGAACGAGGAGGACGGCAGCAGCCAGCCCCGGGAACCCUGCCCUGGGAGAGCUCACAGUCUGGCAAGACUACCUAGAGUGAGGCUGAUGUGCCAUGAGAAACACAUAUUCAUUCAUUCGAGAAGCGUUUAUCGGCGCUUCUGCGUGACAGGUGUUUUGCAUGAGAUGCAGGGGUGUAGGGGGAUUACAGAAUAAACCUGUAAAACGCAGUGGCAGUUCCAGUUCCAAGGGACAGUUUGUAUCUGGCAGAGCCCUUUGACGUAAAUCUAUUUUUUAUAACUUUUAUUCUUUAGACAUAAAUUUACUAUUAUUUAAUUUUUUAAUGGUUUUUUUUUUAUUAUUCAUUUUUGAGAGACAGAGGAGUGCUAGCGGGGAAGGGGCAGAGAGAGAGGGAGGCACAGAAUCUGAAGCAGGCUCCAGGCUCCGAGCUGUCAGUACCAAGCCCGAUGCGGGGCUCAAACUCACUAACCACGAGAUCAGGACCUGAUCCGCAGUCGGACGCCCAACUGACUGAGCCACGCAGGCACCCCAAGGCAUAAACUUAUUAUUAAUCAACACACAGUUGCAUUUUCUGCAAGGUACUGUACCUGACAGUGGGAAGACAGAUGAAGAAGACUCCUUGGCUUUGGGUGAACUUGAGUUGGUCUUGGGAGCGUAGCCUGGGAUGUAGGGUGUGUAGCCUGCAAAUGUGUGGUUGUGACACGUGACAGCUAUGGUACAAGCUGACCCCUGGCCAACUGUCUGACUUCAUCCCCUCCCGUGCUCCUCGUUUAUUCUGUGGCCUCCCUAGUUGUUUCUCACACUUUCCUGCCCCAGGACUUUUGCACAUGUUGUUCAUUCGGCCAGGAGCCCUCAUCCCAAUUGUCUGCGUGGUUCUGUUCCUCAUCAUGUUCAGGCUGUGGCAAAUGCCACCAUCUGAGUGAGGCUUUCUCGGGCUGCCAUCACCUCCCUCAUGGUUGGUUGGUUGGUUGUAAUAUAGCCCUUACUAACAUCUGGCGGGAGGCUACAUGUUGAUUUUUCUUCAUUAUCCACCUCCUGAAAUAAAGUAACAGUCUUUUCGGGAGACUCUUUACUCUCCCGGGAACCCCGCAGGGUGCUGUCAGAUUCAAGUCUCUGAGAAAGCUCUCGACGCGUGGUUCUUGUUUUGCAGGAUGGACUUCCCCGGCUCGCUCCCACCCACGUUGUUUAGGACCGGCCCCCUUGGUGUGAGUAACACCCCUGACCUGUCUUUCAUGUGCAGCUGGAGAGACGCGCUCACCCUGCCUGAGCCCCUGGCCCAGAACUCCCAGAAUGGGGUGUCGUGCACGGCCGCAGCCCAGCUCUGGGAGCCAGAGACCCCCGGGCCCCUUCCCUUGCUGCCUCCUGGUCCCGAUCCCUGGGACCCUGGGGUGACCGCCCGGGACCUGCUUUUCCGGGGAGGUAUCCCGUUCCGAAGAAAGCCCCGGGCCGUGCUGGAUGUGACAGAACAGCUCAGCCGCUUCCUGUGGGACCACGGGGACAUAGCCUUUGCGCCCCUGGGGAAGCUGAUGCUGGAGAAUUUCAAACUAGAGGGAGCACGGAGCCAUUCUAAGAAGAAGACAGUGGUCAGUGUGAAGAGUCUGCUCCAGGACCUCGGUGGACACCAGCCCUGGGGGUGUCCCUGGGCUUCCCUCAGCUUCCGACAGCGCCGGUUCUCCAUCCUCGGGGGCCCCGUCCUGGGCACGUCUGUGGCCGGCCUGCUGGGAGAGCUGCUGCAUGAGGAGCUGGCCACGCGGUGGGAGCGGCUCCUCCUGGACGACGCGUUUACCGGGGGCGCGUUGGCCUGGGUGCCCGGAAGGACGCCCCAGGUGGGACAGUUGGUCUACCCUGCGGGAGGCGCCCUGGAUAAGCUGCAUUUCCAAGAGGUCAGCGUGGCCCCAGGUGGUGACCCCCAGGCCCUCGGCGACCCUGGCCACAUCCAGCUCCGAGGGCCUGUCCGGCAGGUGGUGACCCACACCGUGCAAGGGGAAGCCCUGCUGGCUGUCCGGUCUGACUACCACUGUGCCCUGUGGAAGGUCAGUAAGCAGGGGCGCCCCGCCCCCCUCCGGGUGCUGCAGAUCGGGAAGGGGGCCACAGGGAUCAGCCUCAGCCCUCACCUGCCUGGGGAGCUGGCUGUCUGCAGCCGUUCGGGAGCCGUCUGUCUGUGGACCCCCCAGGAUGGGCUGCAGCAAAUUUACAAGGACCCCGAGACCCUUGUGUUCCGGGACCCCUCUCCCUGGCGCUGGGCAGACUUCACGGCCCAUCCCCGGGUGCUGACCGUGGGUGACCGCACUGGAGUGAAAAUUAUCGACACUCAGGGCCCACCCGGGUGUGGUCUGCUGCUCUUUCGUGGCGGGGCAGAAGCAGCGUGCCAGAAAGGGGAGCGCGUCCUGCUGACCCGGUACCUGGGGGGGUGCGGCCCCGAGCCCCUGUGCCCCACGUUCCAUCUCAUCCUGACCCAGUUCUCGCUCUACCUGGUGGAUGAGCGCCUCCCCUUGGUGCCCCUGCUGAAGUGGAAUCACGACCUCCCCUCCGCCCCCCUGUUUGCCCAGCUGCUGCCCCCGCCCCAGCCCGGGCACGCACAGCCGCUGCUGCUGGGGGGCCAGGGCGGGCACCUGCGGCUGCUGCAGCUCGCAGGAACGGGGGCCUCCGCGCCCCGGCUGGCGGGCCCCCCCCAGUCUCUCCCCUCCAGCAGCGACUCCCUCUCCGCGUUCCCCCUGCUGGAGCCCAAGAGUCAGUGGCGGCUGCAGGAGCGUCUGAGAGCGCCAACCCUAGGUCUGGCUGCCGCCCUCCUGCCCUCUGCCUCCGCGCCGGUCCUGGUCCUCUUCCAGCUUUCCGCGGCUGGGGAUCUCUUCCACCAGCGCCUCGGCCUCCAGGCGGACCCCGGGCCCGCCUCCGGCGCCCCCGUGGCUUCCUGGACUCCCCAGGCCACCGCCCGCUGCGGCCGGUGGCUGAAGGCCCUGCUGGAGGUACCCCUGCCUCCCCCCGUGUGGGCAGCACCCACCUUCUCCCACCGCCGUGUGCUAGGCUGCGUGGAACCGCGGCAGACGGAACAGAAGGUGCCGGAGGGUCUCCGCGCGGCCAUGGCCGAAGGGCGACUCCUGCUGCGGAGGGACCUGGGCGCCGUCCCCUCUGCGGAGCCACCCCCUGCCCCCGAGCCAGGCCCCGAGGACGAGCUCAGUGCGCGUUUGGAGGCAGCCUGGGACGGCCGGGCGGCCGCCUGGUGGGAGAGCCAGCAGGGCGGGAGCUCGGGGCCCGGGAACCGGCGCAAGCGGCCCAAGCGCCGGACUCAGCUGUCCAGCACCUUCUCCUCGCUCAGUGGCCGCCUGGACCUCUCGGACGCCACCAGCCCCCGCCGCAGCCCAGACCGGACAUCCCCUGAGGCCGGGCCUCAACCACCGGUGACCCCGCCCUCCCAGGAGCUGACCCAGGAGCCGUGGGCUCGGGGUGUCCCCUCGGAGAGGCAGCAGACGCUCCGGGACUACAUGGCCAGGCUACCGCUCCGCGGGGACCCCCCAGGAGGCAUCUCCUCACCCCUGUCCCAGGCCUCCAGCGUCCGGGCCACCCCCUCCGGGCAGCAGCCCCUCCAGGGUGGCUCAGCGGAGCGGCCACUCCGAAGGCACACACUGGGAGGUGCUGCCGUGCCCUCUUCCCAGACCUCCAGCGGCCGGGCCACCCCCUCCCGGCAGCAGGCGCCUGUCCCCUCGGGCUCUCAGCCGAGGAGGAGGAAGCCCCGCAUGGGCUUCUGAGGCCCCGGGAAGCUGCUCCCCCACCCCGAGAGCCCUUCUUCUCCGACAGCUGCCCCUUCCAGGCUGGAGCCCAGGAAGUGGAGAGAACAGUCUCCAGG